AUGAACAAAUUUCUAAUUUUAGCAGAGCUUAUCCACUUUCUGUCUUUUGUGUUGCUUUAUUAUAAAAUCAAGAAAACUCGAAGUUGCUUAGGGAUAUCAUAUAAAACCCAAGAGAUAUAUUUGUUAGUAUUUUUAACAAGAUUUUGUGAUCUGAAUAUACAUUUUGAGACAAUAGAUUAUGUGCUUAGAUUAUUUUACUUAACUUUGACAGUCCUUUUAAUUUAUACGAUUAAAUUUUAAAAGCCUUUUUGUUUGACUUAUCAAAAAGAUUAGGAUUAAUCCUAAUUCUUUGUAUAUAUUUAUCCUGCAGCUUGUCUCCUCACUUUAAUUUUCCAUACAGGCACAUCCUUGUCUUAGAUAUGCUAAUCAUUUUCUAUUUGGCUAGAAGCAUUAGCAAUUUUACCACAAAUGAAUUUAAUGUAGAAAAUUUAAGACGUGGAAAAUUUAGCAGGAUACUAUGUCUUAUGUUUAGGAGUUUAUAGAGGUCUUUAUGUGAUAAGUUGGUAUUGUAGAGUAUUUCAUGCUGGUUGGUGGUGCUCAACGACCAUUUUUGGAGGAACAUUAGCUGUUCUUGUUUAUUCAGAUUUCGUUUAUUUAUUUUUUAAGAAUAGAGGCGCGUUUAAAGUUUUUGUUUGAUUUAUGAAUUUGUAAAACAUGAAUUUAACUC